AUGACGGUCGGCAUCAAGCCCAGUUUUAUUCCCAAGAAGAACCGCAGGAUUAUUUACGAAUACCUAUUCAAGGAAGGUGUCCUGGUGGUGCAAAAGAACCCCAAGUUGGAGAAACAUCCGGAGAUCCCGGUACCGAAUUUACAUGUUAUGAUGGUUAUGAGGAGCCUCAAAUCAAAGGACUUUUGCGAGGAAAUGUUCAACUGGCAGCACAAGUACUACACCCUCAAGAAUGAGGGAAUGGAGUUCUUACGUGAUUACCUCCGCCUACCCCCUACUGUCUUCCCUGCCACCCUGACAAAGAAAACACCUGCAAGACCACAACGCGCUGGUCCUGAAGGAGAUGCUGGUAACGAACCGGAAAACUGGAGGGGAGGGAUGGGCAGAGGCCGUCGCCCCAUGGGAGAUCGUCCUGAUUCUCGCAUCGGUGGAGACAGGGCAGAGAGGCCUGCCCGCUAUGCAUAA